ACACUUAUAUUACAUCUUUUGAAAACAUGUUCUUCGGCACCUUUUAAGUUUAAAAUAUUUUCAGUUUGUCGACCAUGGAAGAUACUGAGUGAGGAAUUGUUUUUAGUAGAGUGAAUAAACUGAAUCCCACCAGUGGAUAUUUUAAAAGUAAUGAAGCCAUAGACUGUGCAGCCCCCCAAAGACCAUCAAUCACCUCAUAUCUUUAGUGAUACGAGUAUUGAUCUACUUUAGCAAAAAUCAAUGCACUUAUUCACUCAUGUAUAUUGAGGACAGUACAGUUAAUCUAACAGAGCGUCGUAUAUUUAAUUGAGGCUCUUGGUCUUCCAGAGGUUAUGAGGACCGGGUGUGUGCUAAGUGCGUUUGUGUGAAUGCUGAUUACAUGGGCUAGACUGGCCUGACACUACACUGUUGACUUCACACAAUGGCUAGAGGCCCCGCCCCCACAAUGCACCUGCUGUCCAAUCAGAUGCAGGGGUUGUCAGGAGUCUCAGUCAAGACAGCAGUCUCUGCACAUUGACUGAGGGAAUCUGUCUGCCUGGCAUCUAACAUUGUGUAUAAGCUUUCCACUUUUGAGACAAAAGUUUAUUUUAGGUGUCACUAUCAGUGUUUUAAACAUGGCAGCAGAUCUGGCUUUAGUCUCAGUUCUUGUCCAGCUUCUUGUUGAUUUGGUGGCAAGUGACAACAUUGACUUCUACAAUCUCAUGCCUGCUGUAGAAGCCACCCCGUAUCCCAAGAGUUUCAAGUGCUUCACCUGUGAACAGGCCUCGGACAACUACAGCUGUAACCGCUGGGCAGAAGAUGUGUGGUGCCCUCAGAAUACCCAGUACUGUAUGACAAUACAUCACUUCAACCAUCAUGGGAAGACAAAGUUUGUUACAAAAAGAUGUGCAGUGCAUGAAGAAUGCCAGUUAUCCGGCUGUAGACAUCAUAAAAAUACACACCAUGAGUGUGUAUCUUGCUGUGAAGGGAUGGUUUGUAACGUAGAGCUGCCAACCAAUCACAGUAAUGCAGUGUUUGCUCCGAGACAAACCCACAACUCCGCAGCACCUACUUUUAGGACCUGGGAUUCUGUGAUCAUGCUGAUCCCGGCUCUCACUAGGCUGUUACCAUUGUGAUCUUCAGUCAUAAGAACCUGUUUAGUGAUGAACAGCACUACAAAUGAAUGAGACAAAGGAGACAUCAUCCACACUGGAAUAUUAAUACAGUUAGAUGGAUGUUUUCAUUAAAGUCACAGUAAUAUCAUGCUGGGGAAAGCUAUCUGUUAGCAUUCCCAUCCAUCUCAUUGGCAGGAUGUUGCAGGACUCCCAGGAAAUCUGCUGUCUUUGCUCAUGGGCUCACAGAUGUUUUCAUGAUUGAUCAGUGACUAAUCAGCCUGGAGUGGCACAAGAAGCAGAUGAUCACUAGUGACUAUUUGAAACUGUAAUAUAAGUUAAUUUUAAAAGCUUUCAGACUCCCAUCAAAAACAGAUGGCCUUUGGUAAAUAAUCUGUUAUAAUAUAAUGAAAUAUUUGCUUGCAAACAUUUUUACUCUGUCAGAAAACGCAAAGAACGUCCACUGAAUGUCCAUCAGUGGAGAAGGAUGCAUUUUGCAGCCAUAUGGUGUAGUUAUGGCAUCAACCAGCAGGGGUUAACUGGACUGUGCUAACCAGCAAAACCUGAAAACUCUUUGGUGGAUUCAGUGUGGAGACGGCCAGUCAUCCAGUAUGGAGGAACUGUGCACAGGAAAGAGCGGUGUUUGGAGGAUCUGUCAAUGGAGUACUAGCACUGCUCGUGACGACUGCUAAUGACGUGCUAAAUAGGACAACAACAAAAAACAGACUGGUAGCAAAAUAGCAUUCAGCAGCUAAAGCAGUGGAUUUCACUUAUGCUGCCUCACUGGAUUUGUAUUGAGCAAAUUGAGGCUCACCCUGAGCAUUGGAUGUCUCUAUAUGGGAUGGUCCUGUGGCGCUGGUCCCAGAUUCUGUCACACAGGCCAAGAACAGCAAUGAGAGGACGCAGGAUAUGUCUUUCUAGUUUUAUAGAUGAUGCAAAUGUCUCAAAAGAGAUUCGUGAUUGCUGCAUAAAUGUCAAAACUUUGAGAACAUGGACCUGCAUCACAUAAAAGCACUAAUUAAGUAUAUUUUGUGUUUCUCUGAUUGAACUAUUGCAAACACUUUUCAUAUUUUUAUCAGCAUUUUUUUGGUGCCAAAAGCCUUAAAGAAAUAAAAAUGUUACCCUUAUUUAACUAAUACUAAUGUGUCCAUGCACAAAUAUUCCAUUAUGCUACUGACAUUUCCUUACAGUUGCCAUGAAAUUAAAAUUCAUCCUACCUUUUUGUGCAUGAUUCAUCCAUGCAUGUUAUAAUUUUAUUUUUUAAUCAAAAUGUCAUAAUUCGAUUUUCUGGUGGAACGCCAGACUUCCUCAUUCCAAUUGUUAAUCGCCCUACAUUUCUUUCUUUUUCAAUAAUCCAUUUCACUUGGAUUAUACGCCACAAUACAGAAGAAAAGAUCUGUUGCUACUUCCGUUUGUUUCAUCUUGACUAAAAACGAAAUUAAAUCUCCAAUUAUAUAUAAAUAUAUAAUUACUACAAUUACAAUUCCUGUUUAUAUUUAGGUUAAAAAAAAAUUCUUUUAACUAGAGUCAGUGCAUAUUAAAAUAAAUGUAAUAAAUAGGACAUUAUUAAUAUAAGUGAACAAAACUCAUAAAAACUAGAGUUGGAGACAUGUAACCUUUUUUUCCUGUACAAACCUUACUGUAAGUCCGUGUUGCGUUCCAUGAUGGUUAAAGUCAGUUAUGAUUAAUUUUCUUGUUUACUUUCAUUGGGUUGAUUGAGUGUGUAAACGGUUCCUCAUCUAUUUAAUCUAUAACAUACCGCUGUGCUUUUUGUAUGUGAGCAGCAGGGAUACGUUUUUAAAAUUCCUUCAACGCUGAUCUGAGAACAUUUCGGUCUUUUCACAUGAGACGGCCCAGGUUUGAAUUUGGAGUAGCGAGCUGAACCUCGAACAGUACAAAAGAGCAGCUCCCCCACCCCAGAGCUCUGAGAACAAUAAAAACAUUCCCAAGAGGAUCUCGGUGUGGAACACAAAGCUGUGGACCAUUAAUAUCAUUGCUGUCUGGAAUAAUGAGGGUUUUUCAUUCUCCAAACUAAACAUGACAUAUGGCUCUUCCUCUAAAAUGGUUGCAGAGGAAAUGAGAUUUGGUUUCUGUGUAGCUGCUUCACUGACUUAUGACGUUAAAGAGUGUGUGUGUGUGUGUGUGUGUGUUCCUGCUCUGCUGACUGUCUCGCCGUGUGUGCUGUUUGCUCUGGCUGCUGGCUGUCUUUGUUCUGGUUUUAUUAGGCGUAGAGUUGGAGUCUGUCACUUUCAGGCUUUGAAGAGUCGUUUAUCUCCCAUUGAGAAAAACGGUAUCAGUGCUGCUUCUCUCAUCUGCUCUCAUCUCGCCUGUGUCUUUAGUAUUCAGAGCCCAGUCUGUGCAAACAAGAAGGCACAGAGCUCAUUGCUCUCACGCAUCACGCAUCCAGAUGCAUUACUGUGAGCAUGUUAGCCAAUCGAAAGACUUCAUGAUUAAGUAAAAAAUAGAGCAGUAUGCUUUAUUAUG